AUGCGUUCUCGAUCAGGUUCCGCAACAUCCAACACCUCCAGCAAGGAGCUGCCUGCAGAUAACAUGGUCAUCCAUGUCACCAUAGCUGGUGGCAAGACAAUCAAACUGAACGUCCGUCCAGUCCACACUGUCUCUAACGUCCUCGAAUUCCUCUCAGCCUCUACGAAUCUUCCUACGGACGUACAACUCAUGCUUGACGGCAAAGCGCUGGAACCUGCUACCACGGUUGCAGAGCUCAAGCUCGAAGAAACAUCCACAUUACAGGUUUCCUCACCUUCGAGAAGCGCAACACCUACCUUAUCGUCAGCAACUGUGGCGGCUACAGAUAAAACAUCAAUAUCAUCUACGUCGACACCAACACCUUCUGGUGCUGCUACGCCUACCAAGAGAAAGUCAAACAAGCCUCGUUGCUCGAAGGACGGCUGCAAGGGUCCCGCUCAACCAAUUGUUGGCGACUGCGGUUUCUGUCAAAAGCGCUUCUGCGGCAAACACCGCAUGCUGGAGUCUCACAACUGUGAAGGUUUGGAGGAUGCCAGACAAGCAGAUAAGGACCGAAAUGCUGCAAAGCUGCAGGGCGAAAGAACCAUCAUGCUUCGCGGGCUAUAG